AGCAUAUCACAGAACAAGAAUACCAAGAGAGAAAUAAACGUCUAUGGUCUAUUUGGUUACAAGCAUACAAAGUACGUUUAAAAAUAGAUUUCGAAGGGAAUCAUGAUAAUACCAAAACACAAUUCUCUGAACGUUUAAAUUUAAUGCAGUCUGUAAAUCCUCGAGUAGUUCUACGCAAUUAUCUUGCCGAAGAAGCUAUUAAAUCAGCUGAUAAAGGAGAUUAUACAGUUGCACAACAAUUAUUCAACUCAUUGACCACACCUUUUAAAAAUCCUGAUAUGUCUUUGAAUAACGAGUCUUUUCAUCUUGUAUCUCGGAUUAAAUACCGUCCUCCUGAUUGGUCUCGUAAACUACGUGUUUCUUGUUCAUCUUAACAGAUAAUAACAUUGAUAUUGGUGAGAGUUGGAGCUGCAAUAAUACAAUACAUGGAGCAAAUUCAGCAGUACGUAAUAUUUUCAAUGCUUGUGGUUCAACAUCCAAUAUAGCAAUUAAACUAGUUGCAUGUAUUUGUCUUAUUGUAUCCAAUUUUGUACCAUACAUUGCUCCUUCAUGUGAACCAUAUUCUAAGUAUUCAUUAUUAGCAAUAUCACGUAUCAUUUCAUCAUGUGAAAUAAAAUAAUAAUUUUUUCCAUUCACUUCAUCUUUACGUGGUG